GGAACUGUCAUGGCCCCUCCCUCUCCUGCUCUGCGCUCUGGGUGAUUAAGAGUGGCUGUGCAGGAGCACAGUCAGCUCAAAUCUGCAAUCAGCGGAGUAUAAAGCCUGGCUCUCCCCACAGCUCCCUUGCUGGGUCAUUAUCUGCGAUUCCCCGACGUAUGCACACCUCUGCCCGAGCUCUGUCUCUCUCCUCCCGGCCAUUAGACUUCCUCGCCUGCUCCGUCUUCCUCCCAUCAUCCUGGAACCCUCGUCUGCUCGUCUCCCCUCCUCCGCUCUGCACUCCCCUUGUCUGCCCGGAUUCCGCCUGCUCUGCCGUCCCUGCCACAGCUCAGCCACCGGUUCUCACCAGCCCCGUCCCCGCCUCGUCUCCCGAUUCCCCCCUGGACAACCGGCUCUCCUCUGUCUGCCUCUCAGGAUGUCUCGCAUGGUGUUGCUGUAGUGGAGAAGAUCAUCACUUUAGGAUCUGCAGACUUUCGCUCAGCCAGUUGAUAAUCAUGCCUCGUUUAGCUGUCAGUCCAAGUUCAAAGCCUAACUGUAGCCUCAUCGGGCUCAUCUGUAUCUUCUUGACGCUCUCAGCUACACAUACUCAUGCCAGAAUUGCCGUUACUAUACCUGAACAGGUGAGCCUGUUGGCCAGCAUGAAUACACAACAACUAUCCAUAUCCUGGUUGGGAGGAGAAGCCACAACCUUUGACCUCAUCAUUCUAAGGACUGAAUUCAAUGAAACUGUGUUCUAUGGGACUGUGUCUGUGACAGUGAAUCAGGAGAGUGGUCGACAUGAAUGGAACUGGACUUCAGCUGAACCUCUGGAGUGUACCUCGCUCUCAGUCAGAAUCCGCUCCAGAGAUGGACAGAUGACAAGUGACUGGAGCGACACUCAAAUACUUCAAGGAAGCGAUGUACCCAGCAAUAAAGAUACACAGAUAUACCCCCAGGACAGAAUUGUACCUGUGGGGAGCAACACCACCUUCUGUUGCAUUGUGGCAGAGAGGGAGGUGUUUGGUAGCAUCCAGUACAGGAGCACAGUCAUGAGUGCAACGCGGCUGAGUAGACGAACUUAUGCCGCUACAGUGGUUAAUCAGGGACCGUCGAGAGCGUCGGGAACCAACGUGCUUUGUUUCACGGAUCGCUCGUCAAGUCUGUCGGGAGCAGUGGUGUUUGUUGGAUAUCCACCACAGCUCAGUGAUUUUGUGUGUGAGACUCAUGAUUUAACCUCAACUGUGUGCCAGUGGAAUAAUGGACGAGACACUUCCUUGUAUGGCAAAAGAAGAACUCGCUACUUAGUGAACAAUAGGGACUGUACCAAUAACAGCCUACUGCAGCAACAGACAGAGUGCAGCGUGCCUCAGUGGGAGGAAAACUGGACACUGGUAGCCGUGAAUUCUCUUGGUCAGUACAGCCUCACUGACUCUGCUGAACUCAGCCACAGAGUGUGUCCAGUAGCUCCAGUUGAGCUGAGCUCUGUCGUCCAUGCCUGGAAUGCCACUGUGCAGUGGCAGUGGAAGUACAGCAGCUAUUCCUCCCUGGCUCUCGUCUGUCAGGUCGAGUUCACUGCCGGUGGCUACAAAACAAAGCGUACCUUCACUGGUGUGGGUCUGCGGUCUGCGGUUCUGUCGGACCUGCAUCCUGUUGAGGAUUACAGUGUUCAGGUCCGCUGCGGUGCCCAGCAGAAUUUCUGGAAGUGGGGAACAUGGAGCAAACCCAUUUCCUUCAAAACCAAGACCGAUGUUCCAGAUGCCCCUGAUGUGUGGAUGUGGAGAAACAGAGAUGGAACUGGGCAGGUCAUUUGGAAGCCUCUAACACAAAGACAGAGCCACGGUCAGAUCACAGGCUAUAGCGUCACUUUCUGGAACCCUGAAGAAAAUCGACAGCACACAGUUAUCUUGUCACAGUAUACCAUUGCUGUACCUUUCAAUCUCACACAAAUGGCUUACUUAAGUGGUGACAACAAGGUCAUAGCAUCUGUGACGGCAAAGAAUGCUGAUGGGAUGUCUCCGCCUGCAAGUGUAUCUCUACGUUUGCCAGAUGUGGAGCUCCCAGCUGCGUCCAGGGCAGUUUAUACAGACGAAGGCUUCCCUCUGUCGUGGCAGAGCAAUGCCAAUGCCACCUGUAGUUUUGUGGUAGAAUGGCAUGAAACCUCCUGCACAUACGACUGUCCUGUGGAUUGGAUCAAGGUGCCUGCUGGGAACACUAAUGUCUCCAUUGAGUCAGCCAAUUUCCAGCCAGGUGUGAGAUACAGCUUUUCCCUGUACAGCUGCCCCUCAGAUUCCCCAGAACUGCUGCAGCGUUGGCAGGGAUACACAGAGGAGCUGGUUCCUUCUGGGUCUGUCCGUCUGUCAAGCAGCCAGCAAGGCUCUGACAUUCUCCUUACCUGGAGAUCCAUGCCGAUGGUUGAUAGCAGAGGCUUCCUCCUGGGCUACAAUGUUUACAUCAGUAAUGGUUCCCAGCUUACACUUCUAGCCAAUUUGUCAGACCUGGAAACGAGCUACACAGUAAAGGGUUUCUCUAUGGGCUCUUAUAAAUUCACUGUCAAGGCCUACACUUCGGCCGGCGAGGAAACAGGCACCACUGUCAUCAUAGCAAUGGAAUCAUACAGUGAUUGGCUGAUCCUGGAAAUCUUGACUUCUUUGGGAAUCUUGUCCUUGUUACUGGUCAUUGCUACCUUCAUUUGCUACAAGAAAAGGAAGUGGGUGAAAAAGGCGUUCUAUCCAGACAUACCUGAACCCAAGCUGCCCAGUGAUUGGUCCAGUGCACAGGGCCCACUGGAUGUGAAGCCAUCUCCCCACAGUAUGGUCCAUAUUGUAGAAAAGCCAGAAUGGGAUUCCAGUAAAGAAAUGCUCGUCGUCAUUCCUGAAGAAGACGAGGAUGACGACGGUCAGGGGAUAGGAGACGAGCCAGUUGACACAGAUGAACCAACGUCAUUACGCUACUACAACCAGGUGGUAGAUGAGCGGCCUAUAAGGCCCCGUUUUCCAGACUCCUCUACUUCUUCUGCAUCGUCUUUGGAUUCAGCACACACAGAUGUGACGUACACGGGGAUCCAGACCUCCGGGUCCUCUUUGGUCUUCCAGCUGGAUCCGCAGGGCUCCUCUGAGGGCCACCAACCCCAGGCUGCUCACUCUGUCAGCUGCAGAGGUGGAGGUUACCAGCCUCAGAUGCAGCCUCGAGCCCCAAGUGAUGACAUGGGCCUAGCUUCAGCUGAGCCGCUGUUAGAGGCCCAGGCUGCCUGUUCUGGGGGCUACAAACCCCAGAGUUCCUGGCAUUUUGACUCCCCCAUGGAGGCUGAGGAAAGGGGGAGCCUGGCACCGUCCUUGGGAUCCCCCACCUCUAUCGCUUCCACUCAGUUCCUCCUCCCCGAUGGAGAGGAACACGGAGAGGAGAAACGACAGUCAUCAUCGGCAGCAACAUGGUUCACCAACCUGCUUUCAUCUACAAAACCAUGAUAUCAUCUCACUUUCACUACUAGCAGCCAGGCCAGGGGGGCUCACUAAAACUUUCUUAUUCAUUACUCUUACCAGUGUCAUUAACAAGCCUAACCUGCAUGGUUUAGGUAAACAUCCCCUCUUUCAUUCCGACAGAAGGUUAAUGACGUUUUUAAGGUGUUUUUACCCAACAUACUGAAAUACAUAUCUGGUUCUUUUCUCUUCUGUGCAAAUAUCACAAAAUCUUUAUAUUUAUACAUCAAAACAUUUCUAUCCUCACAACUAAUCCGUUUAAACGAUUUGUCCUGUUUUCUUCCCAUCAUAUUUAUUGCGCCCCCUGGAAACCUGAUGGCUGUUAGAUCCUCUCAUUGUCUUUUCCAUGACACGGUGCAAUGGGCAUUUCAUAGUGGCAUAUCCUGUGUUUCAGUUGAGUACGUCCAGUUUUUAGCUUGCAUUUCAGAUGUUUUUAUUUUUUGUGAUGCGAACUGGACUACACCGCAGAGGAAAACUGAAAGCACCAACGUUUCAAACCCCAUGACAGCACCAUAAAAGUAUGGAACAUUUUUGAAUGAACGCGUCAAAAGAACAGUUGCAAUAGGAGACUGCUGAGAGAACAGAAAAUGCUUCUCCCAUGACAUUAUCCGUGUCUUCUGUUGGUCCACCAUUGGGUUGGUCUUGCCCACUUUUCGACAGCUGAUGAGCCACUGAAAGGAGAAAAAAAAAAACUAAUUGUAAAGUUAGCACUUCCUGGAUCAGUAUCAAAGGUAGCUUCCAUCAUGAUCUAUUUUUCAGAAAUUAUUGGUUGAACAGAUGUUCAUCGAAAGAUGCACUUAUGAGAACAGUCAUAAUUGUACAGAGAUACAGGAGUGGUGCUCUCUGUUAUGGUCUGGAAUUGUGUGGGUGAUGAGCCCGUUAAAUGUACACUGAUAUAAGCUAGAACAUUAAUUCAAACUGAUGUAAUUUAAUGAAUGAACACACUAUUUUGUUACUUUUUGAGUGUUUUUCUUUUGUUUUCCUGAACCAAUAGAGUUUAUUUUUUUUCUUGUUGAGAAACAUUUCACUAUCAGGCCAGUGUCCUUUUGUUUUCAUGCCAUGUCUCGUGCAUUACCUUGAGCUCGAUAAUUGGUAUUUAGCAUUGUCAUGUGUAAAAAUUAACGAGGGUGGUAAAUUUCAAUGUUUUAACUGCCUUGAUAAAAGUAAUGCUUCCAGUGAUUUGCACCAUAUUACCUUUCACUCACUGCCUUACUCCUAAAUGGUUGUUCAAAGAUAACUUACAGAAAUGCACUUAACUGAUCAAAAAUACAUUAUAUUGGACUUAUAGAUUCCACUGGCACUGAGCAUAAUAUAGAGAUGAUGUCCAUUUUAUUCCGUUUUAGUAUGCAGUUCACUUUGAUGUGGUUACAUUUAAUUUUUUGCUGCUCAACUCCUUCAGUUGAAUGCAAAGAAUUCCUUGUUUUAUUUUCAAACCUAGAGAGUUGGGCAAUAAUGAAUUUGAAAUGGAUUUGCUACGGUUUUAAGCUUGUUUGUUUUCUGGGAGAUCCAAGACUACACUAUAUUGAUAGUUUUAUUUUUUUAUUUUGCUCUCUCUUUUUUUUUAUCAUUGGAAAAGGGACCAAAGGGAAAGCAUGAAUUAGAAAUGAAAGACAGUUUUCCAGAAACGGUGUCAUUCGGUUUUUGUCGACAAAGGCGAGUGAAAUUGCUUCGGUCACUUGACGGCACGUCAGGUUCAGCAUGAUCACAAUCACUGUGGUACGGUGUGUGUAAGAAUGUACCAUUGGCUAGGCUUCCAAAAGCGUCAGUAUGCAGAGUUUAUCCUUUGACGUCCAGUAAACAGGAUGUGAUAUGAUUUUUGAUUUUAUUGUGUUUUUUAGAGUCAAGCCCGGGCCUACCUGUGUGGCAGCCUGUGGUUUGUUGUUUCUCAGUGCCUCCAGCCAACAAGCUUUAAGUAAAACUACUGUGACAUGACUAGUGACUCAGAUUAACUAUAGUGGAUGUCUUCAUCGAUGAACCGGUUACAGGCAGGCAGUCGGUCCUCUUUGACUACUGACAAAAUGUAUCCCCCCUUUAUUUGUCUUGCCAAACUGAUCAGAACUUUUGUUUAUCUUGAUUAAUGGGGAAAAAGCUAUACCUUGCAUUGUGUGAGAUCAGUAUUUGCUUAUAGGCAGUGUUAAAGGGUGGAUAUAUUUUUGAGUAUUUAAAUAUGUGUGCAUAUUGCUUUCCUUUGAAGCGUGCUUUCUUGAACAAGCAUUGCUUCAAAGAUUAUUUGUAUGCUACGUGUUACAUGAUUUGUGUUGAUUUGGUUCAACAAAACGGCACCUUUUUGUUUUCCUUUAAAUCUUUUAUAUGCAACUAACUGUACAUAAUUGUAAUUUCAUUUGUUUUUGUUCUUACAAUACAAAAGGUUACAGUGUUUUAUAUUAGAUGAAAUUAUAUGUCCUACACUAUAAAGAUGACUAACCAGUUUUCUUGACAAAAAAAAGUCAGAUGUUUGCGUUGAUGACAGAAGAUUUAGCGUCUUAUAAAAUGUGUAUUUGCUGUGUGCUUAAACACAUGAAAAGUGUUGCUGAAGAAUCAUGUAUACUGAAUUCGAAUUGUGAUCCUGUUUUAUUAGUUUAGCCUGCUUUGCAUUGCUACCUUAUCGCUGCAGAGUCGCUUUGUCAGACACAGUAUGAGUAGUGCUAGUGUGCUGCUGACAUCAAGUUUACCUGUCAGGCUAUUACAUUUUUACGUUUUCCAUCCACAUUUUAAAUUGGAACUCAUGCUUACUCCAGCAUUACAAUGUCAUGGUGUAUACAGCUGGGUAAACCUGCUUUCUUACACAUCUUCAUCUCUUGUCCUAGAUGUUUUUGUGAAGUCGAUGCAUGCUGCAUAAACUAUUACUAAAAAGUGGCUCGUUAACCCUUAAAAUCCAUGUUUAUGUUACACUACGGCUUUAAAACACUAACACUGACUAAUGUUGUGCAUGACAACAUGACUGAAGCAUUGUGCAUCAAAAAAAUGCCUUCGUUACUGAAAAUGCUUCACAAUUCAUGAUAUUUUGCAGAUUAUUUUACUGAAUGGAAACAGAUGGUGAAUUGCUUCUGAGUGAAUAAACAAAUGUUAACACUAAUAACACAAACUGAAAUGCUACUUGUUUAAAGGCAAUAAAGUGAUUUAUUUGGCCACUUA